AUGGUCGACUCCAUCUCAAAAGGGAAGGGCAAAGCACGCGAAGAGCGUGUCAUUCCUGUGCCAGAUGAACCAUCCAACCCGUACCUCGUCCGUAUAACGUCACAUGGCAAGAUGAACAGCUUCGUAACUUUUGCACUACAAUUUUUUCAGAAACACGACAGCGUGCCGCUUGUCUUCCAUACCCUUCCUGCGUCUUCAUCUAAGAGUGCCGAGCAAAGCAAUGUUGGAACCAGCUCAAGACCUGACCGUGACUCAAAUGGCCUCUCUCCGACGUCCCUGCUUGCCCCUCGUCUCAUCUCCGUCGUCGAGAUCGUCAAGAGAGAGUACCUUAAGGCAAUGGCUGCGGACAAAAUAACCGGCCUUUACCAAUACAACGAGGUGGGGAUUCUCGAAGACCUUCCCGACUAUGCGGCGGCCAGACAAUCCGCAGACCCAGAAGAGGCGCGCGCUCAGAUGAUUGCGGAAAAGUUGAGCGGGAAAAACCACCUCAAAGCGAAGCAGACGCCAUACAUGAAGAUUACUCUGAGUCGUUCACAGCUUCCUGACAUUGGAAGCGCUACAGCCCAGGAGCCGCUCAAGCGAAAGUUGUCCAAAUCCGCGAAAUCCCGAGCAAAGAAAAGAGCGAAGAAGAAUGCAGUUGAAGUUGGUGCUGGCGCUGAGAUAGAUAUGGAGGAUGGAGAUGGGUCGUGA